AUGUCGUCGCCAACGCCCCUCGCCGCUGUCCUCUCGCUGCUUGCAUUCCCCGCCCUCUCAGCAGCUUAUUCCUGGAAUUUCAAGGCAAACCCGCAGCAGUGCUCAAACCUUACCAUAUCCAUCUCAGGCUCCGAUGGCAAGCCCCCAUACCGCGUGCUUAUCAUACCCUUUGGACCCAGCCCCCUCCCGAAUAACGUCGAGGCGAGGACAAUUUUGGACAUGCCUUUUGAAGGAAACUCGAAUACCAUCUCAUUCCAACUCAAAUACCCCGCCAAUUCUCAGCUUGUUGCCGUAGUGAGUAUUCUCUCGAUUUCUAUUCCCUCUUUUCUUCUUGUUGUGAACUACCUGCACUGGAUCCACUCCCCCCUUCCAUUCCUUCUGCCACCUGAUCCUUACGACGCAUACCAUGCAUACAGCGCCUGUUCACUAAUGACCAUCAAUGCGCGUCUGAAUAUCGGCUAUGUCAAGCUUUUCCACCUAUCCACCUCAUGGCGAAAAGUGACUUUCAUGUCUCCUUACCGCAGCAUCAGUGACUCCCACGAGCCUGUAUCGUUUGACAGGCUAUGGCGUCAUGUGCAGUCUUCAACCCUUGGCGUUUAUCGCUACCCCUAUCGUGGACUUGUCGAGCUCCAUCGUCGCUAUGGCGGUCUUGAAGUCUCCACAAACAUAUAUUCCUUGUGUAGAUUCUUACACUUUACGCCAUAUGGGUGCACUUCCUAUAAUGACGCUGCCAGGGUCCCGACGAUCGUCACCUGCUCUCGCAUAUCCUAUGGAAUACCCACGAUAACUAUCUUGAUGACGUAUCGUCUGACUAUCUGGCGCUUACCAUGGAUGCUGUGUUUCACCCAUGCAUCUACUCAGAUUGACGCUGCCUGGAUCUCUUCUUGGUCAUCAUCGAUGGUUCAAGGUCUGACUAGUUGGCGCUUACUAGUAACCGGGCCUGGAAUCUAUGUUAGUGAUUCUACAGGCUUUGGUUCAGGUGGUACCAGCGUAGCUGCACAGGUUGCCACUUCGUCGGAUGCCUCGUGUUUCAAUGCCACUGCAAACGUCUCCCCCUCAUUCGUCUUUUCGAUAUAUCCCCCAAAUCAAAUCGUCCAAUGCCAAAAUACACGGCUAGGGUGGGAUAACUCAACUGUGCAAGGAAUCCCAAAUUUCCUCGGAGUAAUACCGGGAGGACAAUCUUUUGCUGUUCCGGAGCCGCUGGAUUCCAUCACCAAUGUCGAUUCAGAAGGUACGGGCUUUACAUGGUUACCAAAUCUUCGGGGGGGUACAACGCUGCUCCUUAUUGCUGGCGACAAUCGGGGAAACGGAACGGGUGGAAGCUCGCUUAAUACAGUGAGCACGGGGACUCAGAACAUUGGGACCUGCUUGAAUGCAACCAGCCCGAGCUCGACGCCCGGGAGUCCUGCUGGCGGGAGUUAUCCGACUAGUACAAACGGGAGCUGGACUGGCGGAGGUUCUGGUGGUGGAAGUACGAACACGGCAGCUAUUGUUGGAGGUGUCAUUGGCGGGGUUGUCCUUCUUCUCGCGGUCGUCCUACUCCUGCUGUUCUUCCGCCGUCGUGAAAAAUUGCAGAAGAGACAAAAAGAACGGCCUGUGGACCUUCUGAACGCGGAGGAAGACGGCGAUGAAGAUCACGCUCCCAGACAAAACGAACUACCGCAGUACUACCGACCGGAACCGUUCAUGGUAUCAGACACGCUCUCUGGCACUGGGGACGGGUACACAACGGACGGCGAACGUCCGUUGAGUGGUGUUACGACGACUACGAGCUACUAUAACCGCAGUGCGACCCCGGAGGGCAGCGCGGCGUAUGGAUAUGGGGCUGGUGUUUCUGGAAGUUCGGUUGGGGGACGGAAAGGGGGGAUGAGGCCGCUUAGACCGGUCAAUAUUAUUCAGCAUGAUGAUGCGGGACCGAGCGAACCGAAGGAGGAGGAAGGUGAUCCGGAGACGAUCGAGCUUCCGCCUGCUUAUACUGCUAUGAAGAAGGCUGCUGCGGGUGGAGGUGGGGGAGAGACGGAAGCGUGA